UGGUGUGCUGCACUUCAGGAGAAGUUUGACUCACUCAAACACACUGGCACUUACUCUCUUGUCCCCUAUUCAGAUGUACCACAAGGACAUCAUAUCAUGCAGGGUAGCCCUAUCUUCAAACUGAAACAUAAUGAGAAGGGACACCCCACAUGCUUUAAAGUGCAAUAUGUCUAUUAG